AUGAUGUACUAUGAAGACAUGAAGCAGAACCCCUUGGAGGAAAUCCGGAAGUUGGCAGUGUUUCUGGGAGUACCAGCUGAUGACUCACUGUACGGCGCCGUGGCAGAGAAAUGUUCUUUUAAGAAUAUGAAGGACGACAAGGAACCAUAUGAUCCCAAGUUCAAGGGCCAGCUUAUUGUUUAUAGGAAAGGCCAAGUGGGAGACUGGCAGAACUGGCUCACACCGGAACAGAACGAGAUGUUUGACAAGCUGUACCAGGAGAAGAUGAAGGACAGCAAGUUCAAGGACAAAAUUAGGUUCACGCUGGCAUAG